AACUUGAUCAUAUCGGAAUAUGUAUACAGCAAUGACAAAGCCAGCUGAUCCGGCAGCAAUCAACAACAACAACAACAAUAAGAAGAUGAAGCUGAGGAAGGGUUUAUGGUCACCGGAGGAAGAUGAGAAGCUGAUCAAGUACAUGUUAACCAACGGACAAGGCUGCUGGAGUGACAUUGCUAGGAAUGCUGGCCUGCAGAGGUGUGGAAAGAGUUGUCGCCUUCGUUGGAUUAACUACUUGAGACCUGAUCUUAAGCGCGGUGCGUUUUCCCCUCAGGAGGAAGACCUCAUCGUUCAUUUGCAUUCCAUUCUUGGCAACAGCAGGUGGUCUCAAAUUGCUGCUCGUCUUCCAGGGAGGACAGACAACGAAAUAAAAAACUUCUGGAAUUCCACCAUAAAGAAAAGAUUGAAGAUGAUGAACAACAAUAUUCCUUCAUCACCAAACAACAGUGAUUCAUCAGAUCCCUGUCUCACGGUAGCUGCCAUGUGCUUGGACUCUUCGUCCUCAUCGUGUGCAUCUCUACAAGAAGGAAUGAUUAGCCAAUUCGGUGAUCCUAAUUUCCAUAAUUCAGUAGACACGACAGGUGGUCCUGCUAGUUUUUACACAAUGCCAUUGCCUUGUUUCAGUUUAUCACAAGUUGGUAAUCAUAAUAUUUCACAAGGAUUAAUCUUGGAGGAUUACGGCGGGGUUGCAGGGAAAUUGGGGUUAGAACAAGGGGAAUUUGGUGGUACUGAAGCAGCUGGGACUAACAGUAUUGAUAUUGAUAUGAAAGGCAAUAUCAACCACUACAAUAAUGGUUGCUUCAACAACAAUAAUGAAGCUGAAGCUGUAGGGUGUGAGGAUAUGUUUGGCUUUGGGUUGGAAAAUAAUUGGAAUAAUAUUAUUGGAGGAGAAAACUUAAGAAUGGGAGAAUGGGAUUUGGAGGGUUUGAUGGAUAAUGUAUCCUCUUUUCCUUCUGUUCAAUAACUCCCUCUUCCUCUAGAGUUAUAUCCCUACCCAAAUUUAAACCACAUUUACUAGGAAUUUUUGUGCCGAUGUUAUUCUUUUAAAGAAAAUAAAUUGUUCACCCCACCCAGCCUCUCCUUUUAGUACCCCGCAAGUGGAGAUUCUUGUAUGUAAUUGAGUUGGAGUGUAAGAGAAUUUGAUGAAUUUGCGCCUAGUCAGUGUAAGUAUACUGUGUACAUCCUUAAUUGAAAGACAAAAUUAAUAAGUGAAUGUUGUGGGAUACUGAAAUAAUAAAGGAUAGACGAUGGU